AUGCUCGCGUUUGGCGCGCCCCAAGCGAGCGCGCGUGCGGGCGCGCCCUUCAGCUCGCCGUCGCGCAGAAAGCCGCCGGCUGUCGCCCAAGGAGCGGGACUCGCGAAGCUGCGGUGGCCAGUGCUGGCGCUGUGCCUCAGGAGCGCAAAAGGCGUCGCGCGGGCGGCCACGCCGGCCACGCCGGCCACGCCGGCCACGCCCCAGGCGCGGGCGCAAGCGCGGGCGCAGACGGGCUGGGCGCGGCCCAUGGAGUCCCAGGGGUCCCGGGCGCGGCUGAGCCAGCUGAAGGUGGGCCAGAAGCUCCGUGGCACGGUGAAAGUGCUCCACCCUUCCUAUGCACUGCUGGAUGUGGGCGCGGAGUGCGACGCCGUGCUGCAUGCCAGCAAGAUGGCCAGGGGCAACUUGCACCCGGCGGAGGUGUUGGAGCGCGGCAUGGAGAUCGAAGUCACGGUGAGCGGCCUGAAAUCCGAGGGCUACGGUCUGAAGAAUGGCUCGACCUGGAAGAUCGAUGCGAAGCUGGAGGUGACGCAGCUGGAGCUGAGCACUGAUGUCACCGAGUUCCUCACGCUGCCCGAGGUGAUGACGGAGGAGGAGUUUGCACAGUGGUGGGAACGGACAGAGGAGCUUCGGCAAGGCGGCGCUUGCUUUGUGGAUGUCUUGAGGCAGGAACUGGCCAAGCGGCUGGAGCUGGGUCAUUUCCGUCGCCUGAGCCUGGCGUGUGGGCCCCGCGUGCUUGGGCCGGACAGCGCCUGGAAUGCGGACGCCCUGGUGGCCGUGGUGCGGCCAUUUGUGGCGGACGAGGCAGGUGAACUCUUUGAGGUCGCGCAGGGUGGCAACUUGGAAGCGCUGGUCGACCUAUUGGAGAGGCCGCAUGAUCCAAACGCCUCCGACAGUCGUACGGGCGAAACGCUGCUGCUGGCUGCCGCGCGACAAGGCUAUGGAUCCGUCGUAAGCUGUUUGCUUGAUGCCGGUGCGGACAAGGACAAGACCAACGUUGACGGCGACACGCCUCUGCACCACGCGGCUGAGAAUGGCCACCUGGAGGUGGUGCGGUGCCUGCUGGCAGCGGGAGCAGAGAAGGACAAGGACAACAACGACGGGCUCACACCAUUGCAUCAUGCUGCUCUGCUAGGCCAUGCGGGGGUUGCACGUUGCUUGCUGGAAGCUGGUGCCGACAAGGACAGGGGCAACUUUGAUGGUGGCACCCCCAUGCACGACGCCGCAGAGAAUGGGCACGUGCAAGUGGUGCGCAGCUUGCUGGACGCGAGUGCAAACCAGGACAACGGCAACUGCGAGGGUGUGACACCUUUACACCUGGCAGCCAGGUGUCACUGCCAGACUUGA